CAUGCUGUCCCUCCUGGCUGCCAGGGCAAUGGUGACUCCCAUCCAGCCUUCCAGGACCCCCAGGUCCCUUCCCACAGCCUCUCAUUCCCCAGCCCAUUCACAGAGCCAGGAUUGCCCUGUCCUAGGUGCAGAAUCAGUCACUCUUGUUAAGUUCCACAUGCUUGGUUACUGCCCAGACCUUUGAUUUACCAAGGUCCUCUGCAGGGCCUCUGCCCUCGAGGGAGUGCCCCAUAACCCGUGUUUGGUGCUCCAGGGGUUCUGUCAGAACCAGAGAUCUGUGAAACACUCGUGGUGUUCCUGGUACCACAGCCCUCCUGACUGCUCUCAAGGACAGUUCUGUCCAAACUACAGCACACAUGUGUGUGUGUCCUGUGCUGGAUGUUGUUAUAGAUGAUAAUACUAGCUUUCACAUUCACAGAUUAGCUUUUUGCAUCACAAGUAUUUUGAUAUGGUACAACUUAUACUUACUUUUAACUCCUUUGUAUAAUCUGUCAGUUUAUGCACUGUUCAUAUGAAUAAAAAUGUAAUAAAUAUAUUGUAGGCUUUAGAAAAAUGUUAAAAUAGAAACUAAAAUACUUCCAUAUAACUAACUCAGAAAAUAGUGUAAAGCAAUUAUUCUGUUUCUUACAUCUGCCAGCUGGCCUCUCCAAGUGAUAACAGUGACAAAAAGCAGAGCAUAAGCAUCUGAGAAGGAUUUAUCAACUCUAUCAGCACUAUUAGGGAGUGUGAACCAACAGGAUAAAACCACAAGAAAUAAAAUACAUAGACCUAAUUUACAGAACGUCCUGCAGACAAGUCAGAAGUUAAAACCAAGCAAGAGAGUUCCUAAAACAUCAAAACCUCAAAAGAAUGUUUGAAUCAUGUGUAAGCUAAUGAAUAUGCAUGUAACCCCAGCAAUGUAACCGUAUAUAGAGAACAGGAUUUUAAGCUGCCUCCGUGCUCUUUGGCCGUUCACCAAAAACACCCCAGUGCUGCAUUGUUUGUCCUUCUUUUAUCCUUUAUUAAACUUUUAAAAAUUCUAAGGAGUGAACUGUGUUUUUCACAAUGUGAUGCACACGUCCGUGUGUCCUGUGCUGGAUGUGAGCCACACACGUGCGAGUCCUGCUGGGGUUCCUGCCGAGUUUCACACGUGCCUUCGGAGACAGAGACUAACUGGACAUCCUGAAAAGUGGAGGCUCUGCUGUGGAUGCUGCCAUUGCUGGCUUGAUCUGCACUUCAGUGAUGAACCCUCAGAGUUCGGGCCUGGGUGGUGGGGUCAUAUUUACCAUCUAUAAUGCCAGCACAGGAGCAGUCGAGGUGAUCAACGCCCGUGAGACAGUCCCACGAGUGUUUGCUCACAACUUAUUGUCUGGCUGUGGUGCUGGUUUCCCCUUUGGUCCCCGCUGGAUUGGCGUGCCCGGAGAACUCCGUGGGUAUGAGGAAGCCCAUAAACGACACGGCCGCUUACCAUGGAAAGCCCUGUUUGAACCAACCAUCAAGCUUCUUUCGGAGCCACUUGUCAUUUCUCCAGUUCUGGACAAAAUUCUCCAUCACCCAGCCUUCGCUGGUCUGGGGAAAAGCCUGUGCCCUCUGCUAUGUGAUGGUCAAAGAUUACUGAAGCGUGGCGAGACCUACCGGUGGGAAGCGCUGCAGCAAACACUGCAAGCUGUAGCAGAACACGGAGCUGCAGCGUUUUAUGAGGGAGAGAUAGGAAGGGCCCUGGUGGAGGACGUCAGGAAGGCUGGGUCCAGCCUCUCACUGGAGGACCUUCGGGCAUACAAAGCAGAGGUGUCCUCAGCUCUGAACAUCACCCUGAACAACCACACCAAGGUAUUCGCUCCAGGACCACCCAUGGGAGGUGCAGUGCUCAUGUUCAUCCUCAAGGUAUUGGAAGAGUAUAAAUUCCAUAAAGCAUCACUGGCAACACCUGAGGAGGAGGUAGAAACCUAUCACUACAUUGCAGAGGCCCUGAAGUUUGGCAACAUGCUAAGACCCCGCAUGACUGACCCAGCCUUCUCUGAAACUCAGGUGCCUGUGGGGACCCUGUUGUCUGAGCAGUUUGCAGAGUUUGUGAGGCAGCGGAUAGAUGCUCGUGGUGACCACUCACUCAGCCACUACAACCUGCUGGAGUCCCUCUACAACGACAGAUACAAAAGUAGGGGCACGAGCCACAUCUCUGUGCUCGCUGCAGACGGCAGCGCCGUGUCUGCCACCAGCACCAUCAACUACCUGUUUGGCUCCCUUGUGUAUUCUAACCAAACUGGGAUCAUUUUAAAUAAUGAACUUGCUGACUUCUGCAUAUCAAACAAAAGCAUUAAAGCAGGAGAGAAGCCUCCCUCAGCAAUGGUGCCUUCCAUCCUUAUCUCCAAGUCAGGAGACAUGCUGGUGAUUGGAGGAGCUGGAGGGGGCUGGAUUGUCAGUGCUACCACCAUGGCGAUUAUAAACAAGCUGUGGUUUGGCUACGACUUGGAACAUGCCAUUUCAGCUCCUGUCAUGCAUACCCAGGGUGACAGUGUCCUAUUUGAGGAGUCUUUCAGCAAGGAGGUUAGGACUGGCCUGCUGGGAAGAGGACAUAACGAAAAGAAAGAUAAAUUUGCAAUGAAUGUUGUACAGGGAAUUUCCAAGGAAGGAAAAUGCAUCUCUGCUUACUCUGAUAAAAGGAAGCUGGGGAAGUCAGCUGGAUAUUAGCGUGAAAUGCCAUCACAAUCCACAGAGCCACAGGAGAUUCAGAACACGCUUUGCUUGGACAUGCCCAUAAUUUCCUGUUCCCAUCAGGAUGUCUCCUGGAGCAUGGGCACAGUCUGUGAUUACAUCUAAUUCCAGCAGACUGCAGGUCUACAAGGGGAGGUCAGCUAACCUUGUUUAGAGAUACACCUUUCAUUACUUAUGUGAUACACAGAGAACAUAUUUCUUGAGCACAUCAGUUACUCAGAAUGAGAGAAUACAAAGUGUGAAAGGAAAAUUGGUCCAAACCCCACUGAGAACACUGUGAAAUGGCCCAGCUGUAUCUUCCAUUCCUGAUGGAGUCUUUGUUUUCCCUCCUCCUGGGAUGAACAGGCUUCAGCUGAGCUCCCUGGAGGUGCCUCUCCCUGUGGUGAGAUGGCUCCCAGUCUGUGCCAGGUCUCCCUCCUCAACACCAGUACAUCAGUCUUUGGGAAGGCAGGUCAGGAAGGCAUGGAAAUGUUUUUGGAAACUUUAGAACUUUCUUCAAAUUGCAAAGUGCACGUGAUCAGGAGAUGUCAUUUGUAGCCCUGAGCUCAGCCUGACCAGGACACCAGGACUGCUGAGAAGUGAUGCAGCACAAUCAGGCAUUAGCAGAAUUCUCCCAUAUCCUUCAUGCUCCAAAUUCCUGUUUACCACAGCUAGUUUCUAGUGUUCCCUUCAGACCACAAGGAGGGCAUUGUAGGACUCUAAGAACUAUCACAGAAAGAGAAAACUUUUGGAGAAGAGACCUGAACGCAAAAGGUCCUUGAUUUUUCACCUGGAUGCAAAGGGUCUUUUGCAGUUUAUCCAUAAUCUCACCCUGUUCAAAAUGGACAAGAGAAUCAAACAUUUAGGAAGGAAAAAUCUAAAACCCCCAAAGCUCUUCAAAUAUGCUGGGUCAAAUUCCCAGAAUCCUCCAAAAUUCCAUUUUCUGAAAGCUUCUGAGCCUGACUGCCCUAUGGGCACAGUGUUGUGUGUAUGUCUGAAAGAGAAACCAGAGCCAGGCACUAGCAGAGCCCCCCGCCUAGAGCCACAGGGCUUCUAAUUCUCCAACAAAUAGAAUCCCUCUGUAAACAUCAUAACAAGCACACACUAUUAAAAAACACACAUUUAAACAAGGCCAGCUAGAUUUUAUGCCAAUGUUUUUACCCACAAAGCCUGUCCAAUAAAGCCAUCAAUUUACUGAAAUCUCAGCCUUCACUUGCAUUUUAGUGAUGGUCCCAGUGAAGCUGACCAGGGCCAGAUGUGUUUUCCUUCAGAAGCAGCCCCUGCUGUAUCAGUGAAUGAUUGCUGAGUUACCAGAUCGUAAGCACAAGCCCUUAAUUGUGCAGCUGGAAAUCAAAUUACUCAUGGAUUUACUCCAUGCACUGCUCUGCUCCCUUCUUGUCCAAGUGGAGCUCAUCUUAAAGCUCCCAACUCAGGAAGAACUGCUGUUUUCUCCAUCAGAGCUGCUCACUCACACUGUGGAAGUGGCCUGGCACCCUGUGAGGCAGCAUCACAGUCCUGGCAAAUGGGAAAGGAAACAGCCCCACAAGCUGAAGAGGGGCAGUUUUUAUGUUCAUUUGGAAGGGGUUACAUUGACUAUGACUACCAAAGAAACCAAAUCUAUCUAACUUGCUGAAGUUUUCUCCCUUGAUGAAGUCCCUUGCCCCAGCUAGCAGUUCCUGGGUGCAUGAGUUCUGGUGCCAGAAUGCCACCAGGCAGAGCUGUGCAGGGAAGUACGGCCAGACCCCAUCUGCAGCUCCCACCACAGCACCAGGCAUGCAGACCACACUGAAUGCUGGCUCUGGCAAGAUCCGUGGUUCUUUCUAGCUAACCCCACUGAGCUGAGAGUUUACAAUCAGCAACUGAGAGUGGCACUGGCUGGAGACAGAGCACUCCUGGCUUCUCUAUUAGGCUUCAGGGCCACCUUCAGUAGUGCUCUGCUCCCUCUCCAUCAUUUCACUACAGAAAACCCAAGUCACCAAGUAACUAAACCUCCCAUUACCUUUGCUUCUGACACACCUUAGGGUGAAGCACCCUGCAGUACUCCAGCCUCUCACCUUUCCAGUGCAGUAGUAUCACAGCUACUUCCCACCACAUAGACAUGGGAAUAUUAUCUUUAGUCCAGUACUCACAGCAGUUUAACUGCUUAGUAUUAACUUUGCAAGUGAGCCAGUGGUUUAAAAACCUGUCAGAGAUUUAAUUUGCAAGUCAGAAGGGAAUGGGAGUGCAGAUCUCUCAGUGUGCUGGAGACUUCCAGUCCUGCAGUCCUUCCUAACAGAAUACCUGGUGAAGCUGAGAUUGUACCUGCUGUGGCACCUCUGCUCUUGCCCUGCCACCUCCUCACUGCUGAAAUCUGCUUGGGUCAGGAGCCUCUCAGUUUUGUCUCUCCAUACUCCUGCUCCUCCUAACAAGAGAGCAUUAUUUUUGUACUGAAAUCAACUUACAUGGACUUUUAAAGCGUCAUUGUACAGAGGCUGCUCUAUUUUCUAAUGAAGUCUUUAAAUUAUACUUUUAAUAAAGUGUUUUUAAACCUGC